AUGACCGGCGAUAUGCCUCUAGGGAGCGCGCACGCGUUCGGGCGCGCGUUGCUCCGGGACGGGGCACUGCCGCCCCUGGAGCCUGGCCCGCCAGCACCGCCGGCCACCAACGCACAGCCCCCCGACAAGCGUCCACCGGCGGCGGCCGCCAGUCCUGAGCAAGUCAUGAAGCUCUACAUGAACAAGCUCACUCCUUACGAACACCGUGAGAUAUUUGAUUACCCCCAAGUGUACUUUAUAGGCGCGAACGCGAAGAAACGACCUGGUCUCGUUGGUUUUCCGAACAAUUGCGAGUAUGACAACGAACAAGGUUCUUACAUACACAUACCACACGAUCACAUAGCGUAUCGGUAUGAGGUGCUUAAAGUGAUAGGCAAGGGAAGCUUUGGCCAGGUAGUAAAGGCAUACGAUCACAAGAAGCGCGAAAACGUCGCGCUGAAAAUGGUGCGGAACGAGAAACGGUUCCACAGACAGGCACAAGAGGAGAUUCGCAUAUUAGAGCAUCUCCGCGAACAGGACAAGGAUAAUACCAUGAAUGUAAUACAUAUGUUUGAUUCGUUUACAUUCAGAAAUCAUACAUGCAUCACCUUCGAGCUGCUCUCGAUCAACUUAUACGAGCUGAUAAAGAAGAACAAGUUCCAAGGGUUCUCCUUGCAGUUGGUUCGCAAAUUUUCGCACAGCCUUUUGCAGUGUCUUCACGCACUCAACAAAAACCGAAUUAUUCAUUGCGAUAUGAAGCCCGAAAACGUGCUGCUGAAGCAACAGGGACGUUCUGGAAUCAAGGUAAUUACAACAAAGCGGAAUAACAUGAUG